AUGACACAGAGGAGGACAGAGGACACAGAGGAGGACCAGAGGACACAGAGGAGGACAGAAGAGGACCAGAGGAGGACACAGAGGAGGACACAGAGGAGGACCAGAGGACACAGAGGAGGACAGAAGAGGACCAGAGGACACAGAGGAGGACCCGAGGAGGGCACAGAGGAGGACCAGAGGACACAGAGGAGGACCCGAGGAGGACACAGAGGAGGACAGAGGAGGACACAGAGGACAGAGGAGGACACAGAGGAGGACCAGAGGACACAGAGGAGGACCCAAGGAGGACAGAGGAGGACACAGAGGAGGACAGAGGACACAGAGGAGGACACAGAGGAGGGCACAGGAGGACACACGUCAAACGUUUUACUCUUUCAAAGUUUCUGA